AUGCAUGGUAAGGUGAAACCUUCAGAGUCUUCUGAGCCGUUGGAUCCGACAGAGCUUGUUGACCUUACUGUAGUGGAUGAUGAUGUGACGUCAACGAAGACGGACAACAUGGUCGAGUCGGAUACUCCCGGAGAAGUAGAUUGGGAAGCGAUUAUCCCGCUCCAUCGAGAAUUUGGAAGUGUCGUUUCAAGGGAAGAACGGCAGGGUGCCAUUCUGUAUGACGUUUAUGGACGUCGCAGCAACGCGUUGACAGAUUAUCGGGACAGCUUAUCGGACGACGAUACCGUUCCUGAAUCUGGAGGAGGUGAAACGCUGGAUGAAAUUCAGAUGUUGGAUGAAAUGGCAACGUCAGAUGAAAUGGCUGACGAAGAGGAGUCGGAGGAUUUGUCCGAGCUCAUAGAAUGGAGAGCACCUACUGCAAGACCAGGAAGCAUGAAUGGACCGAAAAUGCAUGGCAGAGAAGAUUCAGUUCAAGCAUCUGGUGCACAAGCGAAUCAAGAUGGAGAUUAUAACGAGGAUGGAGAUUCCUUGAACGAUGUAGCACUGGAUGCAACGGAAAAUGGGAUGAGUUUCAGGGAAAGAAAAGGUUUCAGGCCUGGAAAGGAUGGGGAUUGGGAUUGGGACUAUGAGGACGUCAGCAGGAGCUCAGAUUACAUCAAUAUGAGAAUCCCAGGUGACGUCAGCAUGGGUGGCAUUGGCAGCACAAGGGAGGAAGCUGCUGCAUUGCUGCAGGAUUACCGGUACCGGCAUGACCGCACUGGAGAGCAGGAGCAGAACUUUCACAAUAUGCCCGGUGUUUUGGCUCCUGGUGCUGGUGCUGGAGGAGAGGGAGAGGACUUUGAUGAAUUUCAGCUGGGUGGUGGUGGUCAGCCGUCCACACUGGCAGCACGAGGUGUUGUUGAUGCGAGUGGGUUGAGUAGAGCACACAAGCAGGGCCAUGGCAGACCGGUUGAAGAACAAUACGAGGACAGUGAUCAGGUAUUUGCGCUGGAAGCAGGGGUGGGUGUUGUUGACAACAAAGAACCAGGCAGAUUGGACCAUGACCAGAUGGUUAGACAGAGCAAUGAGACUGGUGGUGAUGAGGCUUUGCCACUGAAGGGGGAGGCAGUAAUGCCUGCGCGCAAUGACAGCUGGGGCCUUCAAGAGAAUCCUCUGAACGUCUCUGUUGAAUGA